GCUAGGCCGCUCACGAGGUUCUUCCUUUCUCAGCCAGCACCGUUGUAGCGGGUGAGUGCGUGGCGUUGAUGGACUGGUGAAAUUUGUCAAAAUUUACUCAAGUCAGCCAAUUUUGAGUUUCACUAGAACGCCACCAACAUGCCGGCGUAUUUUCAAAGGCCAGAGAAUGCUCUCAAACGAGCGAACGAGUUUCUCGAGGUUGGCAAGAAGCAGCCAGCCUUGGAUGUUUUGUACGAUGUCAUCAAGAGCAAGAAACAUCGAACAUGGCAGAAGAUCCACGAGCCCAUCAUGCUCAAGUACCUGGAGCUCUGCGUGGAUCUCCGCAAGAGCCACCUGGCCAAGGAGGGUCUCUACCAGUACAAGAACAUCUGCCAGCAGGUGAAUAUCAAAUCUCUGGAGGAUGUUGUUAGAGCUUACCUGAAGCUGGCGGAGGAGAAGACUGAGACAGCCAAGGAGGAGUCCCAGCAGAUGGUCCUGGACAUUGAGGAUCUGGACAACAUCCAGACUCCUGAAAAUGUGCUCCUGAGCGCUGUGAGUGGAGAGGACACUCAGGAUCGUACUGAUCGCUUGCUGCUCACUCCCUGGGUGAAGUUCCUGUGGGAGUCCUACCGCCAGUGCCUGGACCUGCUGCGAAACAACUCCAAGGUGGAGCGCCUGUACCAUGACAUUGCCCAGCAAGCAUUCAAGUUCUGCCUUCAGUACACUCGUAAAGCAGAAUUUCGCAAGCUGUGUGACAACCUGCGUAUGCAUCUGGGUCAGAUCCAGCGCCACCACAACCAGAGCACUGCCAUCAACCUGAACAACCCUGAAAGCCAGUCUAUGCACCUGGAGACACGUCUGGUGCAGCUGGACAGCGCCAUAAGCAUGGAGCUCUGGCAGGAAGCAUUCAAAGCUGUUGAGGACAUCCAUGGCCUGUUUGCUCUUUCCAAGAAGCCUCCCAAACCCCAGCUUAUGGCCAACUACUACAACAAGGUGUCUACUGUGUUCUGGAAAUCUGGAAAUGCUCUCUUCCACGCCUGCACUCUCCACAGACUUUAUCACCUCUCAAGGGAGAUGCGUAAGAAUCUGACCCAAGAUGAGAUGCAGAGGAUGUCCACCAGAGUCCUCCUGGCCACACUGUCUAUUCCCAUCACCCCCGAGCGCACUGACAUUGCUCGGCUGCUGGACAUGGAUGGCAUCAUUGUGGAAAAACACCGCAGGCUGGCCACCCUCCUGGGCCUGCAGUCUCCACCAACCCGGCAGAGUCUCAUCAAUGACAUGGUGAGAUUUAACUUGCUGCAGUAUGUUGUACCUGAAGUAAAAGAACUUUACAACUGGCUUGAAGUAGACUUUCAUCCUCUGAAGCUGAGUGGAAGAGUGACCAAGGUGUUGAGCUGGGUGAGAGACCAGGCUGAGAAGGAGGCUGAUCUGCAGCAGUAUGUCCCUCACCUGCAGAGUAAUACCAUCCUGAGGCUUCUUCAACAGGUUGCACAGAUCUAUCAAAGCAUUGAGUUCACCCGUCUGGCCUCCCUGGUUCCAUUUGUGGACGCCUUCCAGCUAGAGCGCUCCAUUGUGGAUGCUGCCCGGCACUGUGAUCUGCAGGUCCGUAUAGACCACUCCUCUCGAACUCUGAGCUUUGGCUCUGACCUGAACUAUUCGACUAAAGAGGACGCCCCUGUUGGUCCGUUCCUGCAGAACAUGCCCUCAGAGCAGAUAAGGAACCAGCUGACUGCCAUGUCUGCUUCUUUGGCCAAGGCCAUCUACAUCAUCAAGCCUGCCUCCAUCCUGCAAGAGCGUGAGGAGCAGAACCAGCAGGCCAUCGCUGCCUAUCUGAAAAAUGCCCGCAAAGAUCACCAGCGUAUCCUGGCUCGUAGACAGACCAUUGAAGAGCGCAAGGAGCGACUGGAGAGCCUGAACAUUCAGCGUGAGAAGGAGGAGCUGGAGCAGCGGGAAGCUGAGAUGCAGAAGGUUCGCAAGGCUGAGGAGGAGCGUCUGCGCCAGGAGGCCAAAGAGAGGGAGAAGGAGCGCAUCAUGCAGGAGCAUGAGCAGAUCAAGAAGAAGACAGUCCGUGAACGACUGGAGCAGAUCAAGAAGACUGAACUUGGAGCCAAGGCAUUCAAGGAUAUUGAUAUUGAGGACCUUGAGGAGCUGGAUCCUGACUUCAUCAUGGCCAAACAGGUGGAGCAGUUGGAGAAGGAGAAGAAGGAACUUCAGGAGCGUCUGAAGAACCAGGAGAAGAAGAUUGACUACUUUGAGAGGGCAAAACGUCUCGAGGAGAUUCCUCUUAUCAAAAAAGCUUAUGAGGAGCAGCGUAUCAAGGAUAUGGAACUAUGGGAGCUCCAGGAGGAGGAGAGGAUCAGUAACAUGAAAGUUGAACGGGAGAAGGCUUUGGAGCACAAGAAGCGCAUGUCCAGGAUGAUGGAGGACAAAGAAAACUUCUUGUCCAAAAUAACCGCUGCCCGUAGCUUCAUUUAUGAGGAAAAACUGAAAACUUUCGAGGAGCGCUUAGUGGAGGAGAGGAAGAAGCGUCUGGAAGAAAGGAAGAAGCAGCGCAAAGAGGACAGGCGUAAUGCCUACUACCGUCAGAAAGAGGAAGAGGCACAGCGUAUCCACGAGGAGCAGCUCAAGAAAGAGCGUGAGGAGCGUGAACGCCUGGAACAAGAGCAGCGAGAGGAGGAGGAAAGGGAGUACCAGGAGCGUCUGCGCAAGCUCGAGGAGCAGGAACGGAAGCAGCGUGCUCGUCAGCAGGAGAUCGAGGAGCGAGAACGUCGUCGUGAGGAGGAGAGAAGGGGCCCCCCGGAGGAGAAAGCCAAGGAUUGGGGCGAGAAGGAGAAGGAGAAGGAGGAGGGAGGAUGGAGGAGGCGCACUGAUGGAGGUGAUUCAGAGUGGCGUCGUUCUGUGCCUGACAGGGACUGGAGACAGGAGGGCCGUGAUGAUGACAGAGAGGAGAGAGAGGUCCCCUUCAGGCGAGGAGAAGGUCUUCGCAGGGGCGGAGAUGACAGGGGACCCCGUCGGGGCUUUGAUGAUGAUCGAGGCCCACGUCGUGGCGGUGAUGAUGACCGUCCUCCACGCAGAGGGAUGGACGAUGACCGUGGUCCGCGUAGAGGCUUUGAUGAUGACCGCGGCCCAAGGAGGGGUGGAGAUGAUGACCGUGGCCCGAGGCGUGGCUUUGAUGAUGACCGCGGACCCAGGCGUGGCUUUGACGAGGACAGAGGUCCCCGCAGAGGCAUGGAUGAAUCCAGAGGUCCCAGGCGUGGGGCUGAUGAGGACUGGGGCCCCAGAAGAGGAGGAGAUGAUGACAGAGGUGGAAGGAGAGGCAUGGAUGAUGGGCCACGUCGUGGUGGUGAUGACGCCAAACCCUGGAAGCCCCUGGGCAGACCUGGUGGUUGGCGUGAGAGGGAGAAAGCCCGAGAGGAGAGCUGGGGUCCUCCCCGUGGUGACGCCCAAGAUGACGGAGAUGAUGCUGAAAGAGAGGAAAGAUCCCGCGACAGCUUCAGAGACCGUCGUCCACAGAGAGAGGAGAGUGGCUGGAGGAGAGCAGGCACAGAGGAAGCAAGCAGCUGGAGAGAGUCUCGCAAAGACGACGCUGACCGCGAUGAUCGCCGCGUUGACCGCCGUGAUAGAGACCGCCGAGAUGAUCGUGAACACAGGGGACCUCCCAGAGAACUUGAUGAUAGGGGUACAUGGCGUCGUGGAGGCGAUGAUAAGCAGGAGGAGCCAGACAGGGACCGUCCCAGAGAGAGGGACAGGGAGCGUGAUGCAGAUGGAGAAAAGGCUUGGCGUACUGACAAAGAAAACCCUCGUCGCACCAAGAACGAGACAGAUGAUGAUGGCUGGACCACUGUCCGCCGCUGAGCAACAACCUCUGCAUCCAAUUGGCUCAAUUAAUGAUGAAUUGGUUUUCAAAGAAAUAAUAUUCAGUAUCCUAUCAGCCAGUUAGCCACAGUUGUGAAUUAACGGCUGCAAGCUUCUGAUACUCAUGUGCGUUAAAUCUUUUGAAUUAAAUAUUUGUAGACCGUAGUUUUCCUGGGGAUUUUUUCUCUUUCAUCUUUAUUUUGAUUUCCAGCGGUUUUGAACCAGAGGUUCCUCACCACCCAAAAUACCAUCAACCAAUGACUGUGUGUGCACUUAGGCCUCAUGCAAACCACCAAUGUAAACAUGACUGCCCCUAGUGGUUAGGAGUGUUAUUACCUUACAUGAAGUGAAACUGACUAAACCUAAAACCAAUGUACCUGCUCCAACUAUCAAAUCAAACUCAGUGUAUCACCAACUGCCUCUUUGAAAUAAUUAACCUUUGCAUAGAUGUUAUAUUAUGGCACAGAUCCACAACUCCUUUAUUGGCAAUGACUAGGACUUUGUCAUGUGCUUCAGUGAUCUCUGCUCUUCAUCUAACGUUGCAGAUGCUUCUUAACCAGUUAAAGAACUAGUGGAAUUUACAUUUUGAUGUGCAUGCUUAGAGUAUUCAAUUGGUCUUGCUUGAUAUCCAGUGUGUGGUUCUAUCUUGCUGCAAUCUACGGUAUCAAACCAGGUUGCAUGUGUACAGAUAAAGCCUUUAUUAAUAAAAAUGUUUGCUCACAAA